AUGGGCCAAUCCAUGUCAAAUGACUUUGAGAGCUUCAACAAACUACCACCGGAGCUUUGCCUAAUGAUUUGGGAAGAAGCUCUUCCAAAGAAAAAAGACACACAUGCAGCCUACAAGAUUUUCCGCUCCGCCUUCUUACAUGGUUUGCGGUUGGAAAAAUCAGACGGCGCAGAUGGACCUCUGCCCCUAUUGGAGGCAUGCUACGAUGCUCGUGCUGUGGCAAUGAAGAGCGGAUCGUAUAUGACUGUCAAGAACAAGAAAUAUCGAAUAUUCUGCGAAAGACUCCGAGGACUGUUCGAAAAGAGAUACCAUUCCGUUUGGGUUGACAAUAGCUUCACAACUCUGCACGUACCGAUCGCUGCACUGACGUGUGGACGCAUCACCAAUUUACCAAGCAACAUCCAGGCUAUUGCUUCCACAGUGCCUACACAACAGGGACUCGAAGCCUUGCAAAAGUGCCUUACCCAAGAUCCCGAGUACAAAGGUAUCAAAACCGUAUUCCUUGGGAUUGUUGGUAUACCCAUCCACUACAGCAAAGGCGACGAUCCAGACUAUUAUCCCUGCACGGAAUCAGAAUCAGCCGUUGUCCCGCUUGACGACAAUAAGUUGAUUGCAUAUCUCGCAUCAGCCUACAAAGCCCAUGCCUCUAUGGCAAUCGGUGAUCCUGUGCUUCGUGAGGAGGGCUUCUAUCGCAAAAGCGCACUGAGGUUCAAGAACAGCCUCGAGAAGGACUGGAAACAUUACCAUAGCUUGCGUUCGAAAUGGGACCCUAAGAACGGCAUCAGGUUACUCCCGGCUGUUAUAUUUGGAAAAAAGACGAGAAAGGCAGUGCUGUGGAGCAGCGGUCUUCUCGAGAGUUUUGCCCUUAAGAUCAAGAUCAGUCACCGCGAGGCCCAGGCUGACCUAGCGUGGAUGGAUGCUUUUGUCUAUGAGAACGGAGCUGGUAAUGAAAACAACCUAAAUGAGCUUCCGUUUCAAAGGGAGCGCCGAAGAGUGGCUCACAGGGAGAAGAAUACAGUCCGAGAGUUGUAUUAUUCACCGCAUGAUUUUGAAGGGGAGAGACGGUGGAAUGUUCCUCCGUGA